UUCUGCUUCUGCUUCAAACGUAAAACCCUAAACCCUAGCCGCGUUUCUCAUCUUCUUUCUUCUUGCCCAAGCUCCAUUCUCUUUAAAACAUGGAUUUCGAAAAUUUUCUUCGUUAAAAGAAUUAUUCAUGUUCUUUGUUAACAGAACAAGGCAGCAAGCCGAUACUUUUGAAGGUCAGCAAUGGCUGCAUCAAGGAUAUCAUCCUGCGCAGCAAUGGCUGCAGCCGUCGCUUCGCUUUCAUAUACUGAUCGCGUGUACGCUGACGGCCCAUUUCGCUUAUUUUCCUUCUCUUCACCUCCCUCGACAUCGCAGGCUGAUCAAACGAAUCCUCCCAAAGUAGAACCAAAGCCGGAGGCCGAAGAGCCACAACGCGGCUCAUCCGGAUUCGAUCCCGAAUCAUUAGAAAGAGGUGCCAAAGCCCUUCGAGAGAUUAACAACUCAAAAUAUGCUAAACAGGUUUUCGAAUUAAUGAGGAAGCAAGAGGAGACUCGUUUGGCCGAGCUGGAUGUUGAGAAAGCCCAAUUUGAAGCCUUCCAAGCUCAAGCUGAUAUUGAGAAGCAAAGAAAAAUGGCAGAAGAACAAAGAAAUCUAGUACAACAACAAGCACAAAUAAAGGCACAAAUGGCGCGUCAUGAAGAUGAGUUGGCCAGGAAAAGAAUGCAGGCAGAUCAUGAAUCCCAGAGGCAAAAUAAUCGCGAAUUGGUUAGGAUGCAAGAGGAGUCUUCGGUUCGAAAAGAACAAGCUAGACGUGCCACAGAAGAACAAAUCCAAGCCCAACAACGCCAGACUGAAAAAGAGAGAGCUGAGAUAGAACGAGAAACAAUAAGAGUCAAGGCGAUGGCUGAGGCUGAAGCUCGAGCCCAUGAGGCCAAACUGACAGAAGACCAUAACAGGAGAAUGCUUGUAGAACGGAUUAAUGGUGAAAGAGAGAAGUGGCUUGCUGCCAUCAAUACAACUUUUGGACAUAUUGAAGGGGGUGUCAGGAUUUUAUUGACGGACCAGAGUAAAUUGGUUAUGGCCGUUGGUGGAGCUACUGCUUUAGCUGCUGGAAUUUACACGACCAGAGAAGGUGCUAGAGUAACCUGGGGUUACAUCAACCGGAUACUGGGCCAGCCUUCGCUUAUUCGAGAAUCAUCUAUUGCAAAAUUUCCAUUGUCAGGGGUCGUUUCUCGUGGUCUUAAGAAGGUUUUGAAUAAAGAUACUGGUGCGCAACAUAUAGCUCGUUUUGGGGACAUAAUUCUUCACCCAUCAUUGCAGAGGAGGAUUGAGCAACUUGCUCGGGCUACAGCAAACACCAAGACUCAUCAGGCACCCUUUCGCAACAUGCUGUUUUAUGGUCCUCCUGGGACUGGUAAAACUAUGGUUGCAAGGGAGAUAGCUCGGAAAUCGGGUCUGGAUUACGCCAUGAUGACAGGGGGAGAUGUUGCACCUUUGGGUCCUCAGGCUGUGACAAAAAUCCAUGAAAUUUUUGAUUGGGCUAAAAAGUCAAGGAAAGGCCUACUGAUCUUUAUUGAUGAGGCUGAUGCUUUUCUUUGCGAGCGUAACAGCACUCACAUGAGUGAAGCUCAACGAAGUGCUCUUAAUGCGUUGCUGUUUCGAACUGGAGAUCAGUCGAGGGACAUAGUCCUCGUUCUGGCCACUAAUAGACCUGGUGAUCUUGAUAGUGCUAUCACAGACCGCAUAGAUGAGGUGAUUGAGUUUCCACUCCCGGGAGAGGAGGAGCGUGUCAAACUACUGAAUCUCUAUUUGAACAAAUACCUCUCCAGUGAAGAGAAGACUGAAUCCUUGUAUGGAUCGAUGUUGAAAAAGAAACAACAGAAGAUAAUUGUAAAAGACAUUUCCGAGGAUGUGAUCCGCGAGGCUGCCCGGAAGACAGAAGGUUUCUCUGGUAGGGAGAUAGCAAAGCUUAUGGCCAGUGUCCAAGCUGCAGUGUAUGGGAGACCAGACUGUGUUUUGGAUUCCCAACUUUUCAAUGAAGUUGUAGAUUAUAAAGUUGCAGAGCAUCACCAGCGUAUGAAGCUUGCAGCAACUGGUGUUUAGUUAGCU